CAGACAUCUUACUCACAAGUCAGGCGCUUCUCUUCAGCUUCACACGAAGAACCCACGCAGAGCUCCGCAACAGAUUUUGGAGACCCAAAAGAAAAGAAAACAAGAAAUCGCCGAAGAAAUGAGAAUUGAAAUAGAGAACUUGAAAGGUUUUUCCGGCGGGUGGAGUGGGGCGGGGAAACGGUGCGAUUAUUGCAAAACGGCAGCUGCAGCUGCGUUUUGCCGCUCUGACUCGGCUUUCCUGUGCCUAAACUGCGACACCAAGAUUCACGAAGUGAAUAAGCUGUCGUCGCGACACGAGCGCGUGUGGAUGUGUGAGGUGUGCGAGCAGGCGCCUGCGGCCGUCACGUGCAAGGCAGACGCGGCCUCUCUGUGUGUUACUUGCGAUGCUGACAUCCACGCCGCCAAUCCACUAGCGCGACGCCACGAGCGGGUCCCGGUGGAGCCGUUCUACGACUCCGCGGAGUCCAUUGUCAACUCAUCGUCGCCAAUCAAUUUUCUAGUCCCCAUUGAAACCGAUUUGAUUGGAUCCACGUGUCAGCACGAAGACACUGAAGGGACCUCCUGGUUUGUGCCUAAUCAGAACCUGCCGUCAAAACUCGGCCUGGAAAAUCACGACGUUAAGUUAGCAGCGGACCUGUUGUUCUCCGAAAUGAAUCCGAAUCCUUUUUUGGAUUUCGAUUACCCGAAUUCCAUAGAUGUAAGGUUCGGUCCACAACAUCACCGUGCGGUUACCGAUAGCGUGGUACCGGUACAGACCAAACCAGCUCCGAUUGCGGUAAUGAACAACAAGAAUUGUUUGGACAUCGAUUUCUGUAAAUCGAAGAUCUCUCCGUUCAACUACGCAGCUCAUACACUCAGUCAAAGUGUUUCAUCGUCGUCGAUGGAUGCAGGAGUUGUUCCGGAUGGUAAUUCCAUGUCCGACAUAUCAUACAGUUUUAGCGGAACCAUGACAAACGGCGGCGUCGACCCCAGCGUAUGGGUCUCAGCGGGGGCGAAUCAAGCGGUCCAAUUGUGUGGAAUCGAUCGGGAAGCGAGGGUUUUGAGAUACAGGGAGAAAAGAAAGAACAGAAAAUUUGAGAAAACCAUUCGAUAUGCUUCACGCAAAGCCUACGCCGAGACCAGACCAAGAAUUAAAGGCCGAUUCGCGAAACGAACCGAAGUCGAUAAGCAAGUAGGAAUGGAUCGCUUCUAUGGUUCUCAGGCAUCUGUAGCGUUCAUGGCUGACACUCAAUACGGCAUCGUUCCAUCAUUUUGACUCCGACGUUCCUAUUGUUGUCAUCCUGUACUCUCACAACUUAUAUUAUUUUGCAAGUAAAAUAAUCAUCAUUAUGCAUA